AUGACUGCCGCUAAAAGAGAUGUUAUGAUCUCAAAGGCCUUAUCUUAUCUCUUAAGACAUGGUGCCCUAAAGGAGAAGCUGACGAUAGAUGAAAACGGUUAUGUUGCGGUUGAGGAACUAUUGACUAAUAACAGACUUAAGACACACAAAACUUCCUUGGAAGAUAUCCAUAGGGUGGUGGAAACUAAUGCCAAAAAGCGGUUUAAUAUUAAGGUAGUAGAUGGAAAGGAAUAUAUUUGCGCGGUCCAAGGGCAUUCAAUCAAAACGAUAGCGCCCAAUGAGGAAGCUCUACAGAGAAUCAAGCAUCUUGAUGAUUUGCCACCUUGCUUGAUUCACGGUACAAACAUUAAGAAUUGUAGGCAAAUUCUCGAAAGUGGGGCAAUCAAAAAGAUGAACAGGAAUCAUAUUCAUUUAUCAAGUGGGGUCACAGGACGUGAUCACACUGUAAUAAGUGGGAUGCGAACAUCGAGUAACAUAUAUAUAUAUUUAAAGUUGGGUGAAAACAUGCUAGAGACUUUGAAGAUAGUGAAAUCACUAAAUGGUGUUUUUUUAACAGAGGAAGAUAUCAAAUUGAAUAUGUUUGAAAAGGUUGUCAUAAUGGAAAAUAAAGUCAAGGGCGACGGAACGGAUCUUGAUAGCCUUUUAUUACUUUUAGUGGAGAAAAAUAUUCCUUAUGAGUGCAUUAAAUAA